AUGUCAACUAUUCGAGUUCGUUCUUUAUUGCAACAAUGUACCAAAGCUACAUUACGUCUUCAGGAUGAAUCUGAAGUUACUAUUAAUCGUGGUAUGGUUAUAUUUGUGGCUUUUUUGAAAGAUGCUCAGUUGGAUGAUGUUAUUAAACUGGCGAAAGAAAUUGCUACAGUGAGAUUAUGCGACAGUGAGAAUGGAUUGAAAACGAUUGUUGAUUUACCAGGUGAUCUUUUGAUUAUUCCGCAAGCAACAUUAGGUGGUCGUCUCAAUGGACAUCGUUUUCAAUAUCAUAGCAAUAUAAAUAAAGAUGUUGGCUUAGAAUUCUAUGAUAAAUUCGUUGCAACUCUACGUGAAUUGUGUAGUCAAAAUAAAGAUAAUAUUAUACAUGCAGGCUCAUAUGGAAUAAGACAGAUUUAUUCAUGUGAAACGAAUGGACCUGCAAUGCAUAUAAUAGAAUUUUAA